AUGAAUCCACCAAAUUCAAAUCAAGUCGUUCCUUCCUCUCCAAAUAAUAGGACAGCGAAUGACAAUGGAGUUCGAGCAGUACAGCAACAACAACAAAUAGAAGUUGCUCAACAACAGUCAUAUAAACCACAAAUACCUAGAUUAAUAGGAAAACGAUUUUUAGUAGGAGCAAAACUAGGAAGUGGAAGUUUUGGUACUAUUCACGCAGGUAAAAUAAUAAGUAAUAAUCAAGAAGUAGCCAUCAAGUUUGAAGAAGUAAAAUGUAAAUUCCCUCAAUUGCUUGCGGAGAGUAGAAUCUAUAAAAUUCUUUGGGGAUUACCAGUCUCUACAAGCAGGAAAACUCUAAGUGCAGCCUCAGCUGCUUUGAAUACAUCUAUUGAUACUGCUUCUUUACAUGUGAACCAUGGAAAUAGCCCUAAUAGUACAGGUAUUGGGACAUCAAAGAGUCAAGAAGUACUCUCUGUUACACAACAUCAUCAAGAAGAAGCCACUGUGAUAGGAAUUCCAAAAUUGUAUUGGUAUGGAGUAGAAGAUGAUUUCAAUGUAAUGGUAAUUGAAUGUCUUGGCCCAUCUUUGGAAGAUUUAUUUAGUUUUUGUAGUAGAAGAUUUUCAUUGAAAACUGUUCUUAUUUUGGCAGAUCAAUUAAUUUCAAGAAUUGAAUUUUUGCAUUACAAACAUUUUAUUCAUAGAGAUGGUAAGUUUUUUUUAGUAACUAGCUCUAAUCCAACACCUUAA